AUGACCACCGAUGGUGCGGCGACGCCCUUCCUAUACAGCGUCUCGCUCAAUCCUUUGGACUGCAACUUGGACACGAUUCUGAGCAGCGAUCGCCUGUCCGCACACACGCUUUCGGAGGCUGGUUGCGGCUACUGCUGGUCUGGAGUGCGGGCAAACCUCGGCAUCUUCGCGAGAGGCAAAUUCUUCUUCAGGGUCACAGUCGGAGCCCCCCGGCCGGUCAACGUACACAACACGGCAGCGCUGUCCACAGCGUACGGCAUCCGAGUGGGCGUUUCGCGCUUCCAGACAGCCGUGGAGCAGCUGGGCGAGGUGCCCUACUCCUGGGCCUAUUGCAGCACCGGCAGCAGGGCCUCUUUCCCAGGAGCUCCCACCAACGGCAGCGGUGGCGAUGGCGGCGGUGAUGGCGGCGGCGGGUACCCGGUCUUCGAGGAGGCCGUCGGUCCGCGAGUUGUUCCAGGAGAUACGAUUACCCUCGCGCUCGACCUGGCGACGGCGCCGGCUCCAGGGGGCAGGCAGGCAGCAGCGGCGGCGAAUACUGCGGAUCCAGCGCCGUCGGCGGUGGCGGAGGCGGCGGCCGCAGCUGACGCAAACGCCGGUGAAGGGCCCCAGGGUAGCUUGUGGGUGGCGGUCAACGGUGGGAAGCUGGUGCGGCUGUUCUCUCUGCCGCUGCCCAACCAACCCAUGCAGGCGUACUUUCCGCACAUCCUGCUCCGGAACCUGUCCGCGACAGCGGAUUUCGUGGGCACGCAGAGUCCGGAGCCGCAGGGAACCAAGGAAUUGCAACGACAGCGGCAGCAGCAGCCGCAACCCCAGCGGCAUCACGAACUGCCGGCGGGGCUGCUGGAGCGAGGCUUCCGGCCGUGGCAGGAGGCCACCAUUGUGACCGCCGACUGCGUCAGCACCAUGCCGCCGCCCGGACAGCUGCCACCUGCCUCCAAGUGCGAGGUGCUGGUGCUCACCGGCCUCCCCGGCAGCGGCAAGACCACCUGGGCAGCCCGGCAUUGCGCCGCACACCCUGCUCGGAGGUACUGCGUGUUGGGGACACAGCUGGUGCUAGAGCAGAUGAGGCUAUCCUGUCCCCGCACUCGCCGUUUCCACUACAUGGGUAAACCCGAGGAGGUGUUCGCUUUGGUGGCCGACACACUGACACGCAUCCAGGCGCGAGCGCCAGCAACACCCAGAAACUACAUCCUUGACAGAACACAUGUGACGAGCAAGUCGCGGCGCAAUGCAGUGGUGCCCUUUCGCGCCGCGGGCUUCCGUUGCGCGAGUGUGGCGGUCGUGUCAACCGAGGACAAACUGCUCGCGCAGCAGAAGGAGGCGUUCGAGCGCGAGGGCAAGGUGGUGCCUGAUGAGGCCAUGGCAGUGUUGCGAGCGGACUUUACCUUGCCUAAUUUGGAGGAGGGCUUCGACGACGUGCAGUACCCGCUUCUGGGCGUCAUCGCAGCGCUCACAACGGUCAAUCGGCAGCGUCGGGAGGCGCGGACAUGGCUGGAGUGGAGACUUAAAGUAGGGGCCAAGGUUGCCGGCCUCCCGGGGCCUCCCCCACCGUUGCCGGAGCAGCAGCAGCAACAGCAGCAUGUGCAGCGGCAGCAAGGGGAGGAAGGCCAAAGGCUUCAAGGGCUGCAGCAACAGCAGCAGGAGAUGCCACAGCGCCAGCUAGAUAGCAGCGGCACCGCAGAAGGUUCUGGCGACGGCACAGCCGCCGUGUCGCCCAUUGGUGGAACGGCGCCAGUGCUACCAUCACAGGAAGCGGCGACGGCGGCGGCCCCAGCCCACCGAACGUCGGAAUCUGGUUCCGCGGCUGGCACCGUCGCAUCAGGGUUAGUCCACAACGGCGGUGGCAGCGGGGGACGACGCGGUAGAGGUGAAGUCAAUAGGGGCGAGACCAUGGAAGUGUCGCCACCGCCACCGCUUCCGGCCGGGCCAGUGUUCCCACAACCACCGCCGCCUCUGCCUGAGGAGCAGCAGCUCAACAAUGCUGACGGCAUCGAGGCACAAGCUUCACUGCGGGGUUCAUCUCCCACACUGCCUCCGCCUCCUGAUGAAUCGCCACUGGUGCCGCCGCUGCCCCAAAAGCAGCCACAGAUGCAACAAUGGCAACCACAACCACCAUCACAACAGCAUCAGCAGUUUUGUGGGGCCCAGCACCAGGUACCGGCGACACACAUGCAGCCAUCCACACAGGUCUCCCAGCAGCACCCGCUUGUGUCAUGGGACGGCGAGCUGUGGCCGCCGCGGCACUGGCAGGUGCCCCAACCACAGCAACAGGCCCGAGGACAGGGUAUGCAGCAGCAGCACCUGUUGCAACAGUCGCUGCCGGCGGGGCAACUGCACCAUCCGCCGCCUUCACUGACAUCUUCAAACUCUGCACCACUGACGCCUCAGGCGGCGCCGUCGCUUCCGAUGGCCCCCUUGCUCGUGCCUCAUCAGCGUUUCCAACCGCAGCAGCCCUUCCCGCAGCUGGGCCUGGCCCCUUGGCAGCCCCUCCCCCAGCACUGCGGCAACGGCGGCAGUGGCGCCUUCAUGCCGCCUCAGCAUCAGCCGCAGUUUCAACCACCACAGCUGCAACCCACGUUUUUUGGUCAAUUG